AGUAAGUAUAGCCAUCCCCUAUAAAUAGGAACUUUUUUUACUUUUCCAAGGGGCACAAAAAAAAGAUUGAAUACACAAAACAUAGUUAAUAAAUAUAAGCAUGGUCUAAUGAAAGAAAAAUAGGGAGGAGCGUGAUGGGUAUGGAGCUGUGGGUAGUGUUUGUGGCUUUUGUCAAGGUAUUAUCCUUACUAUUGAUCUGCUCCAAAUAAACAUGUAAAUUUCUCCUUGCUGUACUUGUUUGGUUCUUUCCUUUUCGUGCCUAUUCGCUAUUCUUUUCCAUUCUUAGUGCAAUAAAAACAAAGGAAAGAUUACAUAUGUACAGUAGACUAAAAAAAUCAAUUAAAUCAAUUAUGAUACACUAUCUGAGAAACUAAGUUAAGCUAAACACAACUAAAUCAGCAAGAAAACAACCAUAACAGUGAUGAUGGCAGAAAGAGGAUGACGCCCUCGCCGAGUCACCGCCGAGAGUGGUGGCUUGGUGUCGUGGCAGCGUGUUUUCGGGCCACCCUCACUAACCCUCGCCGGAGCAUCGCCGAAAGGUGGUGGCUUCGACAUUGUGGUUGUGUUGCUGCUCCGAUCCACUUCAUCACAGCCAGAAUCACCACCGGAGAGUCCAGAUUCAAGCAUCAUGGUGCUCUCCCUUGAAGACCCGAGUCGCUCCCACCGGACCGCCGUCGAAGCACGGCGUUUUUCGGUGUUGUGGUCGCUCUCUCUACGAACCCGAUAAGCCCCCACCACGCUGCAGCCAUGGCUGCGGCCUUGGAUGUUGUGGCAUCAUCAUUCCAUGGUGGUCUCAUAGAAGAAGCCUGCGGUGCUGGAAACUAACUAGGGUUUCAAAAAUGAGGAAGAAAGAAACAGAGACAGUAACAGAGAAGGAGAGAACAUAAAAAGAAAAGAAGGGAACUGGUUUGGAAAAACGGGGAAUUGGGUUUAACACCCCAGCCCUUAGGCUUCCCGCCCCACUUAAAGUGGGGAAAUUACCGGAAACCCUCAGGAUUAAUAUCGGUAAAUGAUUUUCCGAUACGUAUCGGUUUAUCAUUUACCGAUUCGUAUUGAUAUAACAGCAUCAGAUAGGUUUUGAAACAUAAUUUUCAAAACCCAUUUCCCUCCCCAAAUCACUCCCUCUUCAAAUCUCUCCCAAACUUGCGUUCGGUCCCAUCAUCAUCAAAGCUUCCUCAAAGCUCCGGAACUCCCAUUCCAUUACAUUCAAAAGGAGAAUGAAGGGCGGGAGGAAGAGGUCUCGAUCUUCUACAGUCGAUGAUGUAGAGGAUCGCCACGAGCGCUUGCAUGCUUCUACGCGGUGCGGCGACCAUCGAGCAGCUAGUCAGGCGGUUGAGGCUUCGGCCCCGUCUCCGUCUCCGUCUGCUACUCCGGCCGGGGCGCCGUCUCCGUGUCCGUCUGCUACACCUCCGUCAGGUGGUCCAUCUACUACAGCUCCGUCAGGUACUCCGGCUGAGCCUCAGCCUCAUCCUACUCCGGUCUCUCCGAUGGUUGAGUUACCUCUUGAGGAGACAUCUGGCGAGCAGUCUUCUUCGGAGCCCAGUGGCGAGGAGUCUGCUUCUGAGACUGCUUCUGAGGCCAGUGGUGAGGAGGAGGAGCCUCUUAUUCUCCAGGAGGAGAUUGAUGCUGCUGAUGUUGUGCCAGAUGUGGUGGCAGAGGGCGGCGCGGAUGACGACCUCAUCCAGAGGGUGGCACCGUUUCCCGGGGGGCCUGAGGAUCUGUCGCUUCUUGCGCAUUAUCCUGACCACAAGGCUCCUUGGACGUGGCAGGCACUUCUUCGCACAGACCCGCGGUACGUGGACCGUCGGACAUUGAGGGUGGCCACUGUUGGGGGGAAGGUAUGGAACCUCCCCUGUGAUGGCGAUUCAGAGGCCCACACAGCUGUGCGACAGCUGGUGCAGCAGACGGGUUUGUAUCACCUGCCUUGGUGCGGGUUACCGGAGACAGACCCAGCUGUCGUACUGGCCCUUGUUGAGAGAUGGCAUGAGGAGACGAGUAGCUUCCACAUGCCGUUCGGGGAGAUGACUAUCACCCUGGACGAUGUGUCGGCUAUUCUCCAUCUUCCCACAGGGUCGAGGUUCUACACUCCGGGCAGAGGGGAGCGAGACGAGGUUGCAGCGCUCUGCGCCCAGCUCCUGGGAGGAUCUGUUGCUGCUUAUCUGGCUGAGUUUGAGGCGGCGGGUGGCCAGAACAUUCGGUUCAUUACUUUGAAGACCAUGUACACGUCUGCUAUGGAUGGGGGACGCUAUGAGGAUGCUGCUAGGAUCUGGCUGGUGAACCAGCUUGGUGCCACCCUCUUUGCCAGCAAGAGUGGUGGUUACCACACUACUAUCUACUGGAUCGAGAUGCUUGAGGACCUCGGUCGCGUGUCGGAGUACGCGUGGGGUGCGAUUGCGCUGGCUUCGUUGUACGAACAGCUGAGUCGUGCUUCCCGCAGGAAGACAGCGCAGAUCGGUGGGUUCACCUCCCUCGUGUUGUCAUGGGCGUAUGAGUACAUAUCCAGCAGCGUCAUUAUCAGGACGGAGGUCCCCGGCUACACACAGGACCAGCCUAGGGCGCAGCGGUGGUCCACGUCUCGGAUCGCGCAUUCCGGACUCGAUGAGAGACGGGUCAUGCUCGAUGAGCUUACAGUGGAUGAUAUCACAUGGACCCCUUUUGAGGACCAUCGAGAUGUUCGACCGCGGGAUCCCAGGGCCCUCUAUUCCGGCUACAUCCGGACACCUUACGGCCGGUCUGUGAGCCUACAUCUACCAGAGCGGGUUAUGCGCCAGUUUGGCUUCAUACAGGACAUCCCUCGACACCCCUCUGAGAUCCAGACGACGGGGUCCCUUGCUGAGACCGCAGAUGCUGCCUAUGCUGAGUUUGAGCCGCACCUCCGCCCUCAGGGGAUACCUGCUACAUAUCCGGGAGAGGCGGUGGAGGGUUACAUGAGGUGGUAUAGCAGAGUGUCACAUGUGUUCAUCAUCCCUGAGGAUAGGAGGGAGGAGCUUAGUGCCGUGUCUGCCAUACGUAGGGGUGUGGAGUUGUUGGAGCAGUCCCUGGAGGUGCCAGGUGCUUAUGCUCCAGGGACACAGCCCCGGAUCCUCACGGAGAGGGCGCUCGAUCUCUUUCGACGGAGUUCCUUCGUUGGUACCCAGAGAGUUGCCUUUUCUGCUAUUCGAGGAGCCGCAGCUGCGGGAGGCAGAGCUCGUGGAGGCGGAGCUCGUGGAGGCAGAGCUCGUGGAGAGGGUGAUCCUGGAGAGGGUGUUCGUGGAGGUCGAGCUCGUGGACCCAGAGGUCGCAGGGGGCGGGGUCGGGGAGAGUGAUUUUAUUACACUUGUUAUGUGGGAUCCAUUAUUAUGUAUAUGUUAGGACUUUUUAUGUUAUGUUAUGACUCUUUCCUCGUUUUAUUUGCAUGUGUUAUAUUUUUAGUCUUAA